GAAUGUGGCACGCCUUGGGGGCCAGGCCAGACCUGAAAAACCAGCUACCGCUUUCAGUCCAGAGAGCUCUGAUAUGGCAUGUCGUGUCAACCUCUCUGCCAAAGGCUGAAACCAUCCCACACUUUCAACUUCUUCACUUUUCAAUCACACCUGAAGUGAACGUUCACUCAUUUCACCUGUUCAGACUAAUUUCAGACAGGGUUUUCCAUUUUGUUUUUCUGUCCCAGCGGCAGUUUGUGCGAAGGAAGGAGCGUGUGGACUAUGCUCACUUCAGGCGAUUAAAGGAGGGGGAGUGGAAGGAUUGAUUCUGUGGAGAGAGAAGCUCCACGACAGGGAACUGAUUGUACAGGACAAAUCUAAAAAUGCAAAGGGCGGCCACAACAUCCGUGACCCAAUCCACAAUAACACAGAACACCACAGCCAUCACCAAGUCUAGAGAACAAAUCCUCACGCAGAGCUCAGGAGCCAUGAUAGCUGUAAUCGUCAUUGGUAUAAUCAUCAUUCUCACGUUUUUACUUAUAGUCCUCAAGACGUACAACAGGAGGACACAUGCAAACAGGAUGCUGGCAGGAGGCUCCAGCAAACCACGAAAGAAAGCGUCCUCAACUACUACAAAUACAAACCUGGCCAUGAGCAACGUGGCUGCGAGCUCAGUCUCUGGAAGCUUUGUGCAGUCUAACGCAUCCUCAGAGAACGGGUUCCGCAUUCCUCGGGUCGACGUGGGAAACUUGGAGAGGAGUAAUGGAGAGCAUUUCAGCACCAACAGUGGCUCAACUAUUGUGACAAUACAUGAUAUGCCAUCAAUAGAUAACACAUAGCAGACAUUCUCUGGACUUACAUGUGCAAAGAUAUUAAUACCAAAAUGAACAAAGAACCAAUGGAAGAGGCCCGGUCAUACCUGAGCACACACCAUUAACUGAACAUUCACUGCCCUUUUAGGAUCUUAUGGAACUUUGAGGACCUUAGAUUUAAAAGAGUCUGUAUAUGAUAAUGAAGAACUUGAAGAAAACUACAGACAAGUGUCUGAUGUGAUGUGAUUAUAGUUUUUAUUUUUAGCACUGGAUUUGGUGAUGAAAUGUAGGUUAAAACAAUGUAGGUUUCUGCCUUGAGCUAAAACGGUUUUCAUCAGAAAUGAAGUUGUGGGAGCCAGUUAGAGAUGUUAAGGAUGCUACAUCAAUGUAUUACCAGGACAUUUGCACUCUAAUAGUAAAGUCUCUGAUAUAAGACUGUUCAAACAUUAUACUAUUUUACUAUGCUGAAUAUUCAAACUUUACAUUUAUGCACUUUGCAGACGCAGAUACAAAGCUGUUUAGAUUGCAUUCAAGGUAUAUAUUUUGUGUUCAUGCAAUCUGUGAAGCUCGAACCCAUCACCUUGUCAGUGCUAGUGCUAUUUUAGGGCUCAAGACUAGAACACCAUUGGUGAGGUGGGAAAACAGUGUGCAUAAAUAUGCAACAUUUUUAGAUGUUAUCUGUAUGCUGUUAGUAAUUACAUCUUUAGAAGUGCCAGUGUUUCCUGCAUUAAACAAUUGCGAUGAUUGAUUUGUCAACAAUUUGUUGGCUUAUUCUU